AUAAGUGAUUAGGAAAGCCCUAUCUGUGUUUUAUUUUGAAAAACAAGAAAACCCGGAAACUGAUGGAAACAACUUCCGUUCCUUACUGCCUGAAUGGUAUGUGGAGAGAACGGCAACUUUAGACCGGGAAGUGGGGCAUCUAAAUCAAAUCUAGCUAGCUAACUUUUCAAGUAUACCUUAGCUUCCUGUUGACCAUUGUAUGAGGCCGAGAUGCAAAGUCAGGAUCCAUGCGAAAAUUGUCCCCCUCUUCUUCUUCCCUCUCUGCGUCUCUUCAUUCCACCACUGCGGCUUGUCUCUGCAGCCAUGUGGCAAGUGGUUCAACGAGGAGAUGUUCAGAUUAUGGGAUGCUGGAGGAGUUUGUCACCAUGGUUACAGAGAUUGUGCCAGAGCUUUUGAGUUGCGGUCAGAGGGCCAACUAGUCCUGGGGCUUAGAGCAAGGUUGGUUUUGGAGUUGUGUCGCACUGAGCAGACAUUAGACCUCACAAAAAUUCAAAAACACCUGGACAGGAUCCGAUCCCUCACAUCCACUGAGGAAGCAGAGUCAGGUGAUGCAGAGGUGGAAUUAUCUGAAUCAAACUUUGUGAAACUGGUUGAAUCUCUGCUGAAAGACCCAAGUGAAAGGGAGAACUUCUACCAGGACGUGUUCCCUGUGGAAUUUGGGCCCAAGUAUGACACUGCAAUACAGAUGCUGAUGUUAGAAUUCCUUUCCAGACUUGAGAAGUUACUUCCCAUACCAGACCUUGAACAGACUGCCUCCUUGUUAAAUGCUGUCCCCUCUGCCCGGAGAAAUGUGUACAGUUUGUACCUGACCCCAAACAAUUGAGGACCCUGCUCCAGUACCACAGAAAACGUGGACAUUUGGACUCCAUCCGUAAGUAUCGCACAGAUUUAUAGAGAAUCCAUGGCUUGGAUUGUUUCUGCAAAAAUGGCAAAUGAUGAGUGUCAGGAGAGGAAAUAUAUUAUUGGUUUUGUUUGUCUGGUAACAGUUUAUAUUUGAGCAUUGAUAUAAUUAUCAUAUAUGCUGUUCAAUUUAACCUUCAUUUUUUAAUUGUCUCCCUCUUUUGCAUAAAAAGGAACUCCAUCUCCUUUGGUGACUUCAUCCUCUCCUCUCUGUCUCUUCCUCCAUAUGUGCGAGUGGUGACUGCCCCAGAUGUAGACUCAGAUACACAAUCAGAAGGGAUGAAUUUGGAGGGAAUGGAAGCAAGAGAGUUGUUGGAGAAUCGGACAAAGGAAAUCGAUGUACUAGUCCCAGCAGAUGAAGUUAAAAGAUAAAUAAUUACUGAGCAGGAUUACGUUAUGAACAUGGAGUCUGCCGUUGGGGAAAUUGACAAUCAAGCUGUCACUGGCUUGAAUUUACUCAGACCAUCACAUUUUCAACAAUUAAAACGAAGCAAAAGGCUGCAAAUUAAGAAAAUGUUUUCAAAACGACGGAAACCUCGAAAGACCGAUUCCUCCGGGCGCGCAAUCAAACAGCCAUCAUCCAAGGUGCGCGUCUCCCCCAAAGGACGAAAACCACGAAAAACUGAUUCUUCCGGGCGUGCAAUCAAACAGCCAUCAUCCUCCAAGGGUCGGCCCUCCCAAAGAAGUCAUGCAAAAGAGGCCCAUUCAGUAAGACAUGUGAAGUGUGUGGGAAGACUUUCACUCGAGUCACAGCCAUGAAAAGGCAUCAGCUAACCCACACUGGAGAUCUCAAGUUUAAGUGCCUCAUGUGUGAAAAAAGCUUCAGGGAUGGUCAUAAUCUGAAGAGACACCAGAGCGCAGUUUGUGAAAAGGAGCUAAACAUGUUGGAUGAAGAUAAAAAAGAGGAAGAGAUCCCACAACCCUCAACUAGCAAACCUCAGAUCACAUCACUCCUCAAGACUCCCUCUCCACCAGAGCCAUCUCAUCAAGGAACUCUGACACUAUCACAGCCACUAACACAUGCUCUGUGUGUGGGAGGUAUUUUGCUCGACUUCCAGCUUGGUAAGGCAUAUGAGCUCCCACUCAAAAGAGCGUCCAUUUGGUGUGUCAAUUGUGAUAAGAGAUUCAAGUAUUCGUACGAUUUGAAAAAACACCAGAGAGAAUUGUGUCAGAAAAUGACCCAGGGAGAUUUGUGUCAGGAUGUUGGUCAGAACAUGGCACAACAAAAGAGUGGCCUGCAACCAGAGAAGGAUUUUCUUGCCACUGCAGAGAAUCGAACCCAGGUAGAUUCAAAACCUGUUAUGUCUGUGGUAAGAUUUUGACUUGUACCUCACAGAUGGAAAGGCACUUGAAAUCUCACUCAAAGCACGUCCCUUUAAUUGUGCUGUUUGUGAGAGAAGUUUUAAGUACAAAGAUACCUUGAAGAAACAUCAGGAAAUCCUUGGCCACGAGGCAUUCUAGAAGACUUGGGUCAGAGUGUGGACCAGCUAGAAGUGGAAGUUAACACAGAGAUUGCAUCAGCCCUCUCACUACCAAGGAAAUCGACACUGAGCCCCUUAUCACGGCUGCUACCUCAGUGCCGACUCUCAAAGAACCCAAACCAUGCACUGUGUGUGGGAAGAUUUUAACCGUGCUUCAGUUAUGGCUAUUCAUAUGCGAUCCCAUUCAGAUGAGCGUCCUUAUCAAUGUGGCAACGUGAACAGCGCUUCAAGUACAUGCACAAUCUGAAUCAACACCAGAGAUAUAUCUGUAAGGUGAACCGAGAAGAGUCCUCUCAGAUGGUAGACCAGCACCAAGAGGAGGCGUCUAGUGAACUGCUGGCUGUUUAGGCUGAUACCCCAGAGACAUCUACCGAUCAACUACAACUGGUUCACUGGUGUAAAAAAUUGGAAAGUGUUUCGAUGACAUCUGUAAUUUGAAGCAACACCAGGAAAGUUCAUGCAAAGAGGAAAAAGUAAAGGUGUCUUCCAAUGUUAAAAAGAAAGGUAGUCUUCAAAUGUGAUGAUUGUGGGAAGGACUUCAAAGGUUCAUCAUCCCUAAGGACACACAAGCGAAUUCACAACCCAUUCUAUUGCUCUGAUUGUGGAAGGGUCCUCCCAAACUCCAUUGCCUUUGACAGACACAAGCUGAUGCAGCACAAGGAAUCCAGUGUACCAUGUGUGAGAAGACCUUUACCCUGUUGGGGCGUCUGAGAGAUCACUAUCUGCAUCAACAUAAAUUCACAGGACCAUACGCCUGCUCUCAAUGUGAGAAAACCUUUACCCAGUUAAGAUACCUGUUUGAACAUGGAGAGUUCAUUCAGGAGAUACCCUUACCAGUGCUCUGUUUGUCAAGCAAAGUUCAAUAAAGCAAAUCUCUAAACAUACACAGUAGGAAGCACACAGGAGAAAAGCCGUUCCUGUGCUGGCAGUGUGGAAAGAGUUACAAGGAUCGUGGAAACCUGUCAAUGCAUAUGGGGACUCACUCAGAGAGAGACCCUUUUCUUGUUCGCAGUGUGACAUGACUUAUCGGACAAAGAUUCAGCUGAAUACACACAUUGAGCAAGUUCAUGAGGGGUGAGAUAUACUUGUGCAGUCUGUGGAAAGCAGUUUUUGAAAGCAGUGUCAUUGAUAAGACAUGAACUCACUCACACAGGAGAAAGACCAUGGCCAUGCUCCUAUUGCACAAAAACCUUCAUCACUGCCAAUGAAAGGAGAUUGCAUGAAAGAUACCAUACUGGUGAGAGACCAUACAAAUGCCAAGACUGUGGAAAGUCCUUCGUACAGUUAUGUUUUCUGAAAGCACACCAACGACUUCACACAGGAGAGAAGCCAUUUGCAUGUAGCGUUUGUGACAAACGUUUCAGAUUGAAUUACCAUAGGCAAAGACACGAGCAAACCCAUACAGGAAAACAGAAGCCACAUGUGUGUGCGGAAUGUGGGUUAGCUUUCGCUCAAAGAAAGCGCUUGACUGAACACCAAUGCACUCACUCCUUGAAUUAAAAUGUACUUUCUUUUAACUCUAA